AUGCUUACAGAUUGUGGGAUGUUAGAGUUUUCUUUUACGGGGGACAUGCUUUCAUGGGUAGGGAAGAGAGCAGGACGUGUAACUGUUCGAUGUCGUCUAGACAGAGCAGUAGGUAAUGCUGAUUGGCAUGAGAAGUUCCCACACUCUAAUGUCAAGUACUUGAGAUUAUGGGGAUCGGAUCAUCGUCCGAUUCUUGCAGAUAUACUGACAAAGCCAACGAGAAGAUCAAUGAAAUUCAAAUUUGAUAGGAGAUGGCUAGACAAUGAGGAACUGAGUUGUCGAAAAUCUUUGAGUGAGUGGAGGAAACAACACAACAUCAAUUCGGCAAAGCUAGUGGAAGAGUUAAAGGAGAAAGUUGAGGGUUUAUAUGCAGACGACAAUGCGACGACGGAGGAAAUUGCAGCAGCGUUGAAGGAACUAUCUGAUGCUCUUAAGGCAGAAGAAAUGUUCUGGAAACAAAAGAUUGAGGAUGAGGAAGGACUGGUAGCCAUUGCUACUAGUUAUUUUCGACAAAUCUUUGAGUCAUCUACACCAGAAGACAUUGAAGAGGCGCUAUCUGAAGUUCCUACGACGAUUACAGGAACAAUGAAUGACAGCCUCACAGCUCCUGUUUCAGAAUGGGAGGUUAAAUUAGCUCUCUUUGCUAUGCAUCCAGAUAAGGCACCGGGACCAGAUGGGAUGACUUCGCUUUUUUACCAACAGUUUUGGGAUAUAGUCAAACAGGAUUUAACUCUUAUGGUGAAUAAAUUCUUGUUUGAAGGACAUGUAGCCAAUAGUCUGAAUGAUACAAACAUAUGCCUUAUCCCGAAAACAACUAAGCCUAAUGAUAUGGCUCAGUUCCGACCCAUAAGCUUGUGCAAUGUUAGCUACAAGAUCGUCUCGAAGGUCUUAUGCCAGAGACUAAAGAAAGUCUUGCCAGGUUUGAUAUCAGAAACCCAGUCAGCCUUUGUUGCUGGAAGACAGAUUUCAGAUAAUAUCAUGAUUGCUCAAGAGAUGUUUCAUGCCCUACGAAGAAAGCCGAGUGGACGUAAUAAGAGGAUGGCCAUCAAGACAGAUAUGAGUAAAGCAUAUGAUAGGAUGGAAUGGUCGUUUAUCGAAGCUGUGAUGCGUAAGAUGGGAUUUUCUGAGACAUGGAUAACCUGGAUUAUGAGGUGCAUUACGUCGGUCAAAUACAAAGAUAAUCAGAUGCACAGAGUCAAUGGAUGGACUGGUCGAUGGCUCUCAAAAGGAGGAAAGGAAGUAAUGAUCAAAUCCAUUUUACUAGCUCUUCCGACAUACGUUAUGUCGACGUUUCUGCUCCCAUUGGAGAACUGUGAAAACCUCGCUAGUGCCAUUGCACAAUUCUGGAGGAGCUCGAAUCCUCCAAAAAGAGGGAUACACUGGGCGAAAUGGGACAAGGUUUGUUUACCCAAAGAAGAGGGCGGUAUUGGCUUCCGGCUAAUUCAUGAGUUCAAUUUAGCACUACUGGCAAAGCAAUUAUCGAGACUGGUCCAAUACCCUGAUUCACUGGUUGCCCGAGUAUUAAGGGGGCGAUAUUAUAGGAUGACCUCGCCAUUGAGGGCAACCUCUACUAGCAGCCCAUCAUAUGUGUGGACAAGCAUCUCCGCAGCAAGGAAGCUUUUACUGCUAGGAAUCAGACAGAAGAUUCACUCUGGUUACGACGUCAGGGUGUGGGAGGAUCCGUGGAUUCCAACGACACCUGCUAGACCGGCUAGACCUAUAGCCCCUGUGAUGAACCUAAACAUGAGAGUCAGUGACAUCAUUAAUCAGGAAUCAAAGGAGUGGGAUGUAGGAUUACUAGAUGAUUAUGUACAUCCUGAUGAUAUACCUCUCAUCCGCAGUAUGGCUAUAAGCUCUACUCACCGUCGAGAUACUUUUUGUUGGAACUACACGAGAAAUGGCCAAUACACAGUCAAGUCUGGAUACUGGGUUGCUCAGAACCUGUUGAAGCAAGAAGAGGAAAAGGAAAUAUUAGAGCCAAGUAUCACUAAACUUCAAGCAUUUGCUUGGAAGUUGAAAGCGCCAAGGAAGAUGUGCCAUCCUAUAUGGCAAUUGAUCACGGGUCAGGUAGCAGUAACGAGGAAUCUAGUAAGGCGUAAUAUGAGGUGCGAUAAUUAUUGCCCAAGGUGUGGGGAAAUAGAGGAAUCUGUAACUCAUGCAAUAUUUGAAUGCCCUCCAGCCUUGCAAGUAUGGUCUUUAUCGGUAACUCCUACAAGUCCAGGUAUAUUCCCAGUGGCGAGCGUCUACACAAACAUGGACUAUCUUUUCUGGAGGAAAAAUAAUAUCUUUGUACCAGACCAAGACAGGGAUCCUUAUCCCUGGAUAAUAUGGUAUAUUUGGAAGGCUCGCAAUGAUAAGCUUUUCAGGGGUAUAGAUAGAGACGCUUUGGAACUCGUUCGAUACGCAGAGAGUGAAUGCCAAGCCUGCGUUGCAUUCGGAGGUAGAAGCGCUGCGAUGGGCGAUGGAGAACAUGCUUCAACACUCGCCGUGCCAGAGCUUUGGAACGGACUGCAAAGAGCUGAUUGCAAUGAUAAAUGA